AUUUGCGGUUGUGAAGCCUAACAAAGAUUGAAGAUCAUCAAUUAAAGUAGGUUUGAUUGCCUCUAAAAUAUGUUUUGCAGUGGGCGCAGAUUCUGCAGGAUUUUCUUGGAUACAUAGCUCCUUAGAAUGCGCAUAAGAAUUGCGGCUUCCGGCCUCAUCGGCAUCCUGACGAACGCAAUGCCCUCCUUAUUAGAUUACAAUGCAGUGUGGGCAGAGAUAAGAGGCAAGAGUUGUUAUGUAUCACGGCCGUUGGGAUCUCGAGCUCGUAGGUUGCGCUUAGUUGCCUCUGGAAAGUAUGUGUCGAUCGAAGUACGGUGGAAAUCCAUAGGGGAAAUCUCAAGAAUGCCCGACAUGACCUGGAGCUGA